AUGGUUCAAAUCAAACAACACAUUCUCAGUGCUCUUGCACCUAUUGCUGCAUUAUUUUCUACAUCUCCUAAUCCAAUUCAAUCUGCGCCAUUCACUCUGUCCAUUAUUUCUGAUAACAAGUAUAUAAAUGGUUCUUAUGUACACGGUUGUCACACUGGAGCUGCUCGAACUGCACUUUGUGCUUUCCCCAAGUGUCAUGCUCGUCAUGGAGAAACCUCACCGACUACCUUUCACUUCAACGUCUCCACUACCCGCGUCGCCAAUGAUCUCUCAGGAUCCCUAGUCUACAACUUGCCAUAUAACACGGAUAAGUUCCUUUCCCAGUCGGCAACAAUGGAAUUUAAUCGCUUUUCGCAUGAUUUUGCCCAUCCUUUAUUUGCACAUCCUGAGGACACGGAAGGAAUCUUUGCCUUCCACCACGAUCGCUUGCACCUCAAAGACCAUAGAGAGCAGCGAUGGUACAUCUGCGGUGGAUAUUCCCCUUUCUCCAUCAAUAGUUAUCCCAUUUUAGUUUGGUAUCAUGGAGUAGGAAAUCCACAGGCAGAAUGUGUCAAGGUGGAGAUCAAGAGGACAUUUGCUUAA